CGAACUUUCUCUUCAUCCUCACCCUAACAGAUCUCUCCUCUUUGACACAUUUUAUCGAAUUGGUUUUGCUAUUCCUGAGAGAAUGGUGUGCAGAUGUGUGUGUACCUGUAUUUUGAUGCAUUUUAUUGAAUGGGUUUUGCAUUUUAUCUCUAUUCUGCACUCUUUGCCAAUGAUCCUGCCAAGUUCCUUCUCAUGGUGGCCAUCAUCCCCUUCACCAUGUGUUGCACUGCCAUGCUCCUCCUCCGUAAGUCCCCGUCUUCCGUCUUCCCAGCGCCGGCUGUAAAGGAGGACGACGAGACCGAGAUCAAGUACUUCAACAUCAUCAACGCCUUCACGGUGGUGGUCGCCGUCUACCUCCUCUCCUUCGACAUCACUGGCGAUCACCGGCGACUCCUUUCCAAGGCCUUCUCCAUCCGGUUGAUCAUUCUUCUCCCGCUUCCCAUGGCAAUCCCAUUCCGUAUCUGGUUCAAGGAAGCGAGAUCCAGAGCAAACCGCGCACCGGAGCUCGAUCUCGAGGUUUGAAUCCAGGCGACAUUGCUGACUAAGUAGCAAGAGGUGGUGGCCGUACCGGAAGGUGAGGAGAAACACCGACCGUCCAUCGGGGAGGA